UCUGACGGAAGUGACGCGUACGCACUGACGUGGCCGGAAAUCCGCCAUCUUGAGGAAGGAGACGCCUUGUAGUUGAAGAGGAAACUUAUAGACUUUUCAGCAGUGAGAACAUCUGUCAAACAUGGGCAAUCUUUUUGCAAACCUCUUCAAAGUCUUUGGGAAGAAAGAGAUGAGAAUUCUCAUGGUGGGUCUUGAUGCUGCUGGAAAGACGACGAUUCUUUACAAGCUGAAGUUGGGGGAAAUAGUAACCACAAUCCCAACCAUCGGUUUCAACGUUGAAACUGUGGAGUACAAGAACAUCAGUUUCACCGUUUGGGAUGUUGGCGGUCAAGAUAAAAUUAGACCGUUGUGGCGUCAUUACUUCCAGAACACACAAGGUCUGAUCUUUGUGGUUGACAGCAAUGACAGAGAGCGUGUGAAUGAGGCACGAGAGGAACUCAUGAGAAUGUUGGCCGAAGAUGAGCUCAGGGAAGCAGUCCUGCUAGUGUUCGCCAACAAACAGGAUCUCCCGAAUGCCAUGAACGCUGCCGAACUCACGGAUAAGCUGGGGCUGCACUCGCUCCGGCACAGGAACUGGUACAUUCAAGCCACGUGUGCCACCAGCGGCGAUGGCCUCUAUGAAGGACUUGACUGGUUGUCCAACCAACUGAAACACCAGAAAUAAUCACCUCACUGUACUGGCUUAGAUCUUCUCAACACUUGCUUUAAUCUUACGUUUUUAAACAGACGUUGCCGGAAGCUGCACUUGUUUCUGAUGUAUACAUCUGAUAUAUGCAGAAGCCCUUUGGGGGAAACACGCCAAGACAGACACGUCACUCGUGUUUUUUGUACAUAGUUGUGUUCUUGCUAUUAGGCAGCUGUCUGAGCACCAUUAUGCAAUGUAGUUUUAGACUUUCUUUUCGUUUCUUUUCCUUACACUGUGUCUUCACCGGACGUGGUGCAAUGCGACGCGACACGUGCUUGUUCUAAUGGGAUUGUCACGCCACGUCCGGUGUGGACAAAAUUUUAAAUUAUAAUGCGUUCUCUUGUCGCAUUGCGCCGCGCCACAUCCGGUGUAGACACGGUGUUAUUGUUUGAGUCAUUGGACUAGGGAAGUUUUAAGAACACCGGUCAGAUCUCAUUUGAAUCUUGCACAUGUAUUAUGUUAUUGUGCUUAUAUCAUAUCUUACGUGUACUGUAAACAAAACUAUUUUGUUUGUCUCAAACUGUUUCAAAGUACAGGAAAUCAAACUGUAUGGACACUACCUGUUACCGUUAUUGUACCAUUUAGGGGAAGAGAAGCCAAAAACGAUUACACUGUUUUUACUUCGGCAAAAGUUGACAUGACCUCAAGCUUUACUGUCAGGAUAUGUUAGGAGCCAUAGGUGUGAUGUCCAGCUAUACAAAGAAGCUCGUGUCAGACUCCUGAUACAAAACGUAAGCGUUUUUGUGUUUGAGAGAACUCUUCGUGUGGCUCAGGUUUUGGUUAGCAAAAAUACAUUUCAUAUUGUGUUUAAGGGUCUUGCUAAAGUGCAUGUGAACCGUUAAUCUAACCACCACUAAAUAAACAACAACAACCUCGUUUAAGCAGCUAAUAACUUGAUGUCUAACAAAAUCAGUUAUGAAUUUUGGUGGAAUCUUUUUAUUACCUCUGCAUUUGUGCUUCUGAACAACUAUGAGUGUCUCAUGAGAGUGUAGCAUGUUAAAAAAAAAAUCAUUUGUAUGAGCUUUCUAUUUCAUGUAUAGGUUUCCUCAGAUUUGCCCCUGGUGCCUUUAUGGUCUACAGAGACACCCAUUUAAGUUCUUGUAAACAACUGUCAUGUCCACUCACAUGGUCAUUAUUGAAGCAAUGUUAAGAGUUGAUGUACUAUUAUUUAUCUUUAUUUUCUCUUCAUUCUGAUUAAUCUCUAAUUUGAUAGACACUGUUUGCUUGGGGUCAAAAACUGUAUGUGAAUCUCUUAGUGAAAUAUGUCUGAUAGUGUGAUUCUUAACAUAAAUGUCUUUUUUAAUUUUUUAAUUUGACAGAAAUGCACUGUAAUUAAAGAUAUUAGUGUACAACUGGA